AUUAGAGUUACCUCCCCAUUUCACUAUUUGAUUUCAAGAACUGACAAGUCGUGGAAACUUAAAUUUUUAAAAUUGGCGCUGGGAACGACAAAAUCCUUGAUGAAAAGAUCUGGGGCCUGGCAAACAGUCCAUUGAGAGAGUGGUGAGUUGAAGAAGACAGGCAGAGUUUGAUUUAUUUCACAAGCUACAACAUAUCAGUGAAAGAUGAAUGACUUCAUGAGCAUGAAUCGCCAGCUGAGCGAAGAUGAAAUGGAGGCAAUUGUAUUCAGACAGCAGUUCGACCGAGAUGCCCGACUGAAAAGAACCUGGCUCUCACAGCAGGUGAAGGACACCAAUGCUAAAGCUGCAGCGACCAUUCCGUUUCAACAAAGGCAGGGACCGCCGACAACAAGUCCAGAGCAAAAACUGCAGCUGAAAGAUUUAGAAAAGAAAUCUCGCUUCCCAGCAAUCCCGAGAUUCAAACCACAGGCACAAUCUACAUCAGUUCCUGAGGAAAUGAGCCGUUUUGACCAAGGAUUUAGUCGUGCAACAACCGAGGUCAGAAAUAAGAUCUUCUCGGAUCUGGAUGAAUACAUCAAUGCUCUCUAUAUGAAAAGAAUGGGAAUGAAAGACGAAGAUGACAUGCGAGAUGAGAUUGCAGAUGAUGAUGCUGAUGCUGAUGAUUACGAUGCACCUGAUCUCGGUGCCCCAGAUGAUAGUGCCAUGGAUGCCAGUACACUCUAAAAAGAGUGCCCAAGAUGAUAGUGCCCCCACUAAUAAUGCUCCCAAUUAAAAAAAUCUAAGAUGUGAUGGUUAUUCCAUCAAAAGUGCCAUUACUAAAUGAAUUCACAAGGACCAAUUUCCCGCCAGACAAAAAAAUAGAAAAAAAGUAUAAUAUAUAUUGUUUUCACAGAUAUGUUUGUUCUGUGAUAACAACAAAAAAUGUAACCCAUCACAAUACAUUUGAACACUGAUUUAUUAGAAAGCAAGCUGUCAGUGUCUUUUUUUUAUUAUUAUGAUUUAUUUUUGAAUAUAUUUAUAUGUAUAUAGCCUACUAUACCAUUUUGCAAACAAAUUUACCAUUUUAUUGACUUUUGUUUUUGUGUGUUGUGUUUUUGUCAGGGUAUCUUUUUUUCCUUCUUUUAAAUGUUUUUUUUUGUACUUCUGCAUUUGUAAAUUAUAUAACACACUUUUAUGUGCUUUUCUGUGUGUUUUUCAAAAAGUAUGUGGUGGGAUUUCAGGCCAGAUUGAAAUAUUUUGGUUAUUUUUGUCAGGUUUUUUAUUUUAUUUUAUUAUUAUUAUUUUAUGUUUUUACUUUUCAUAGUUAUGCAUUUAUAUUAUAUAACACAC